GGCCCCCGCCGCCGCCCCCCCCCGCCCUGUUCCCUCUCUGGUCGGGUCAGGCGCGGCCAGUCCCGCGAGCUCCCGGCAGAGGCUGAGGGAGAGAGAGAGAGAGAGAGAGAGAGGGGAGGAGGACUCAGGGCGUAGGAGCCGGGGAGCCCUCCCGCGCCACAGGAACAUGCAAGUUGAGGCCUUUCAGGAUGUGAGAAACAUUGCAGAAGAAAAUUUCCAGAGACUUGGUGAAGAUAGGAAGGCUAUCAGAAAGACCAUAGCACUAUUGUACCGUAUUUGCUGUUUACCCUGAAGCUCAGCUGAGGCAGAGCUCAGCUGGUCUGUUUCUUGACUGUUCACUCCCUGUUGGCCAGCCAGGACUCUGGCUGGAGCCUUCCGUGGUGCGGAGCCUGACCUCGUCUGUGGGCGGUGACAGGAGCGUGCAUUCGCCAGUGUCAGCUAGGCUUGUGCGCCAAUGAAGUGUCCUUAAAGGUGGCCACUUUUGGUGACACUGUCCAGUUCUCACAAUGUAUCAUUCCUUGUCUGAAACUAGACAUCCUCUGCAGCCAGAAGAACAAGAAGUGGGCACUGACCCCUUGUCGAGUUACUCAGACAAGCCUGGAGGAGAUUCAAAUCAAAAUGGAAGAACAGGUUCUUUAGACUCUGAUGGGACUUUUAAUUCCUAUAGGAAAGAAUGGGAAGAACUAUUUGUGAACAACAAUUACUUGGCAACAAUAAGGCAGAAGGGGAUUAAUGGGCAGCUGAGAAGCAGCAGGUUCCGCAGCAUUUGCUGGAAGCUUUUUCUUUGUGUUCUUCCUCAAGAUAAAAGUCAGUGGAUAAGUAAAAUUAAAGAACUAAGAGCAUGGUAUAGCAGCGUUAAAGAAAUACACAUCACAAACCCUAGGAAAGCUGUUGGCCAGCAAGACUUGAUGAUCAAUAACCCCCUUUCCCAGGAUGAAGGGAGUCUUUGGAACAAAUUCUUCCAGGAUAAAGAACUUCGGUCAAUGAUUGAACAGGAUGUCAAAAGAACGUUUCCUGAAAUGCAGUUUUUCCAACAAGAAAGUGUGAGAAAAAUUCUUACAGAUGUUCUCUUCUGUUAUGCUAGAGAAAAUGAGCAGUUGCUUUAUAAACAGGGAAUGCACGAGCUGCUGGCUCCCAUCGUCUUCACCCUCCACUGCGACCACCAGGCCUUUCUCCAUGCCAGUGAGUCUGCGCAGCCAAGUGAGGAAAUGAAGACUCUCCUGAACCCUGAAUAUCUGGAACAUGAUGCCUAUGCAAUGUUCUCACAGCUUAUGGAAACUGCUGAACCUUGGUUUUCUACUUUUGAGCAUGAUGGUCAAAAGGGGAAAGAAACCCUGAUGCCUCCUAUCCCCUUUGCUAGACCACAGGAUUUGGGGCCAACAAUUGCUAUUGUUACUAAAGUCAACCAGAUCCAGGAUCAGCUCCUGAAGAAGCAUGAUAUUGAGCUUUACAUGCACCUGAACAGACUAGAAAUUGCGCCACAGAUAUAUGGGUUACGGUGGGUGCGGCUGCUGUUCGGCCGAGAGUUCCCGCUGCAGGACCUCCUGGUGGUCUGGGACGCCCUGUUCGCAGACGGCCUCACCCUGACUUUGGUUGACUACGUCUUCGUGGCCAUGUUGCUCUACAUCCGAGAUGCUUUGAUCUCCAGUAACUACCAGACCUGUCUUGGCCUUCUGAUGCAUUACCCACUCAUCGGGGACGUUCACUCACUGAUUCUUAAGGCUCUGUUCCUUCGUGACCCGAAGAGAAAUCCAAGACCAGUGACCUACCAGUUCCAUCCAAAUCUGGAUUAUUACAAAGCCCGAGGAGCAGACCUCGUAAAUAAAAGCCGGACCAAUGCCAAAGGCGCUCCCCUAAAUAUAAAUAAGGUCUCGAACAGCCUGAUUAACUUCGGAAGGAAGCUGAUUUCUCCCGCGGCGGCCCCGGGUGGUGCAGGAGGCCCCGUGGCAGUGGGCAGUGGCGGCACCCCUUCCCCGGCGGCGGCUCCCACCAGGACCUUGGCGGAGGCCCCCAGGCACGCUCUGCAGCAGCAGCAGCAGAGGCUGAUGAAAUCGGAAAGUAUGCCCGUGCAGCUAAACAGAGGACAAAGUUCUAAAAACAUCAGUUCCUCCCCGAGCAUUGAGAGUUUGCCUGGAGGGAGAGAGUUCACUGGCUCCCCACCUUCAUCUGCUGCUAAGAAGGAUUCCUUUUUCAGCAACAUCUCCCGAUCGCGCUCACACAGCAAAACGAUGGGCCGGAAAGAAUCUGAAGAAGAAUUAGAAGCGCAAAUUUCUUUCCUUCAGGGACAGUUGAAUGACCUGGAGGCCAUGUGCAAAUACUGUGCGAAGGCGAUGGACACUCAUCUCGUAAAUAUUCAAGAUGUGAUAUUACAGGAAAAUUUGGAGAAGGAGGAUCAGAUUCUGGUUUCCCUGGCUGGACUAAAGCAGAUCAAAGACAUCCUGAAGGGCUCCCUGCGUUUCAACCAGAGCCAGCUGGAGGCCGAGGACAACGAGCAGAUCAGCAUUGCAGACGACCACUACUGCUCCAGCGGCGCCGCCCAGCAGGCCCCGCCAGCAGCCCCGGGUCGUCGGGAGCGGCCGGGCACUGACGACUUCGUCCUGGUCUCCAAGGACGGCGAGGAGCGCGGCGCCGGGCCGAGCCCCGCGGGCCAGGCCCAGCCGCUGCGGCCACUCCGGGGCGCCGCCCGGCCGGUGCUCGUGUUCUCCGACCCGCUGACCGGCCCGGCCUCCGCCUCGUCCAGCAACCCCAGCUCCAGCCCUGACGACGACAGCAGCGGCCACAGCAAGGACUCGGGCUUCACCAUCGUGAGCCCCCUGGAUCUCUGACAGCCGCCGGCCACCCCGCUGCCGCGGAGACGCCCCUGCGAGACGCCCCUGCGCGCGCUCCAGCUGCCACCCUCGGGGGCGCCCACCUCUCCUCCGCACUCCCGGGCCGUCGGGGGAGGGGAGCGGGCCUCCAGCCUCCCCUGGGGCGCCGGCCAGGACCGCUGGGCGCAGCGCAGCAGGGCUCCAGCGUUCUCCCGCCUCAGACCCCACGGACCCGGCUGUCAGCGCCCCUCCUGGGACAGCCCAGACAGCCGUCGGAAACGAAGGCCGCGAGCGCUGAGCCGGCCUUGCUGCACGCCCCGCUGGCGCCGCCUGCAGCAGGGCCUCCAGGAGCAGGGCAGCUCCGCGGAGGCCCCGCUUCCCCCUGUUGCUUGGCUCAUCCCUUUGAAGAGAAGGUCAAAAGAGGGUUGACCUUUGCUGUGGAAGUCCGGACUGACCCUCAGCUGGGUCACCCCCCAGCCAGACUCUGUGAGCGCAGGCAGCCCACUUCACCGCUUUUGUCCCCAGCCUCUGCAUCUGGGAAAGGAAGUGUCAGAUGGAAUGGUCUCGGGUUCUCAAUUUUGCUGAUGCUAAAAGCCUGUGUGAACAGCAAAAAUGACAUGUGCCUUGCUCUGUCAUUUAAGUCACAUACUAGCUAAUACCUUCUGUUACUAUAAAUGUAGCAAUUUCUUAAUAU